AUGGACGCCGCCGUCAGGAAGAACCUGGAAGGCUUCCUGCCCGCGGAUGCGGCGCGGCGCUGCAACCGCACCGCCCUCAUCUCGGUCACUGUCGUCGGCGACGGCGGGAAGAGGAGCGGCGUGGCAGUCCGGGACGUGCGCGUCGACAGCCGCCCGGUGGACCGCCCGUUCGCCGCGCCUGGCCAGGACGCGACCUCCCUGAUCGUCAAAUAUGUGCUAGAGUCGCUGCAGGGCAAGCGGGCGGUCGCCGCCAACGUGACCAAGCCGCGGCUGCCGGCCCGGCCGGGGCCGAUCCCGGCGGCGCGGGCGCAGCAGAUGCGCAAGGCCGGCCUGGACAUCGCGCCGGCGCUGGCCGCGCCGGACCCCUUCACGCGCGAGGCGUGGAACGAGCUCGGCGUGCUCGCGCCCGACCCUGAGACGUUCCAGUACCUCGUCAAUAUGGGCAAACUCGACGCGAUGGCUUGGGCCGAGGCCACCGGCAUCGCCGCGGACGCCGCCAAGCGGCGGAACCAGGGCGCCGCGGCCGCGGCGCCGCUCAAGACCGCGAAGCCCGCCCCCGCGGCGGCCGCGGCGGCGCCCAAGGCGGGGGUCCCUGCGCCGAAGUCCCCGGCGCCGGCUGUCGCGCCCAAGGGCAGACCGCACAUCAGCCCGGCCGCAGCUGCCAAGGCGGCGGGGGGCCGGUAG